CUCCUGUGUGGGAUAUUCUUCUCUCCUGCCUCUUUCAAAAUGCCCUCCAAAGAGUCUUGGUCAGGGCAAAAAGCUAAUAGAGUUGCUGUUCACAACUUGAAACAGGAGAGCCGUCAAAGAGAUUUAUUGAUAGCAGCCUUGGGAAUGCGGCUAGGCUUGCAAAAGUCAUCUGUGACAAUCUGGCAACCUCUUAAACUCUUUGCUUAUUCGCAGCUGACAUCCCUUGUCAGAAGAGCAACUCUGAAAGAAAACGAACACAUUCCAAAAUAUGAGAAGGUUCACAGUUUCAAGGUUCAUACAUUCAGAGGUCCACACUGGUGCGAAUAUUGUGCCAACUUCAUGUGGGGCCUCAUUGCUCAGGGAGUGAAAUGUGCAGACUGUGGCUUAAAUGUUCAUAAGCAAUGCUCCAAGAUGGUCCCCAAUGACUGCAAGCCGGACUUGAAGCAUGUCAAAAAAGUGUACAGCUGUGAUCUCACUACGCUAGUAAAAGUACACUUAACGAAGAGACCAAUGGUUGUAGACAUGUGCAUUAGGGAAAUUGAGUCGAGAGGACUCAAUUCUGAAGGACUCUACCGAGUAUCAGGAUUCAGCGACCUAAUUGAAGAUGUCAAAAUGGCUUUUGAUCGAGAUGGGGAAAAAGCAGACAUUUCCGUGAAUAUGUAUGAAGAUAUCAACAUUAUCACCGGUGCACUUAAACUCUACUUCAGGGACUUGCCAAUUCCAUUAAUCACAUAUGAUGCCUACCCCAAAUUCAUAGAAUCUGCAAAAACCACAGAUCCUGAUGAACAGCUGGAAAUACUUCAUGAAGCAUUGAAGCUACUGCCACCUGCGCACUGUGAAACAUUACGCUAUCUUAUGGCACAUUUGAAGAGGGUAACUCUCCACGAAAAAAAGAACCUCAUGAAUGCAGAAAAUCUUGGCAUUGUUUUCGGACCAACCCUUAUGCGAGCGCCCGGGCUAGAUGCAAUGGCUGCCCUGAAUGACAUUCGUUAUCAGAGACUGGUGGUGGAGAUGCUUAUAAAAAAUGAAGAUAUUUUAUUUUGAACUUGGAGUACGUGUGCAAGUGUUUCUAGCGGCUGGCGAGAAAAAUCGGGAGGACUGUGAAUAAUUGAGCCAGCUCCUGCAGCUGAAUUUUUAUUGUGAGGUUGUGCUGUAUGAAAGGUGUUUUAUUAGGUUGCUUUUGCCCAUACAGAAAAUAUUGGGGAGAGGUGAUCGUAUGCUCUGCUUCCCAGGAUUUAUAGCUGUGGGCUGUUUUAUCCUAGUCCAGAAAUUCUGUUAAACUUGAUCUGCUUCUUGCUCACCUCUUUUGUGAGGCUUCUCCU